AUGCCAGGGCGCAAGGACGCGAAAUCCAUCACUGGACGUCACAGUGUGAACUAUAGCAUCACCAAAGUGGAAGGACAGCCUCUUCACACUGAGCUGAACCGAGCAAUGGACAGCUGCAACAAUCUCAGGAUGUCUCCUGUGAAAGGGAUGCCAGAGAAGGGGGAACUGGAUGAACUUGGGGACAAAUGUGACAGCAAUGUAUCCAGCAGCAAAAAAAGGAGACACAGAACUACCUUCACCAGCUUGCAGCUGGAGGAAUUAGAAAAGGUCUUCCAAAAAACCCAUUACCCGGACGUAUAUGUCAGAGAACAGCUGGCACUGAGAACAGAGCUCACCGAGGCCAGGGUCCAGGUUUGGUUUCAAAAUCGACGGGCCAAGUGGAGAAAAAGAGAACGAUACGGCCAAAUACAGCAAGCUAAAAGCCACUUUGCUGCCACCUACGACAUAUCAGUUUUACCUAGGACUGACAGCUACCCACAG